AUGGCUCAUCAGGAGAAGGAAACAAGUGGAUUGGAGUGGAGAAUAACUUUGGGAGAUGGGUCAUCAAAGAGUUUGGUCCCGGAGACAGGGCCUAUCAGCAGAAUUUGGAUGGGGCUAAAGGGUUUGAUGGCAGGACUGGUUUUGAAAGUAUGGAAGUUUUUAAACAAAGCAUGGGAUAUAGGGGUGGAUGACCCCAGAAAAGUGAUCCAUUGUCUAAAAGCAGGAAUGGCACUUACUAUUGUCUCCCUCGUUUACUUCACGAGACCUUUGUAUGAAGGUGUGGGUGGCAAUGCUAUGUGGGCUGUUAUGACAGUUGUGGUAGUCUUUGAAAAUACUGUAGGUGCAACAAUAUCCAAAAGUUUGAAUAGAGUGAUUGGAACAACUCUUGCUGGAUUUCUUGCCUUUGGUGUCCAUUGGGUGGCUAGUCAGUCAGGACAGAAAUUUGAGCCCCUAAUCAUUGGAGCUUCAGUUUUCUUAUUAGCCUCUGCUGCAACCUUCUCCAGAUUUAUUCCCUCGGUGAAAGCUCGGUUUGAUUAUGGAGCCUUGAUCUUUAUCCUCACUUUCAGCUUGGUUGCUGUUUCUGGUUAUCGAGUGGAUAAACUGUUUGCCCUGGCUCAUCAAAGAAUAUCUACGAUUAUCAUCGGAACUUGUUUAUGCAUCCUUGUAACCAUGUUUAUUUGCCCCAUCUGGGCUGGUCAGGAGCUGCAUGCUCUUAUCUGUCGCAACAUGGACAAACUUGCCGGCUCUUUAGAUGGUUGUGUAGAAGAGUAUUUCGAUCAUAAUGGCGAACUUAAAGACAGCGAUAAACAUCCUGACAAGAAAUUGCUUGGUUACAAAUGUGUGCUCAAUUCCAAGACCACAGAGGAAUCCAUGGCCAAUUUUGCUAGAUUGGAGCCUGCACAUGGUCGCUUCAACUUCAAGCAUCCAUGGCAACAAUACCUUAAAAUCGGUGCAUCAAUGCGCAGCUGUGCCUACUCCAUUGAGGCUCUUAAUAGCUGCAUUGAUUCAGAAAAUCAGGCCCCUGAGUUCAUAAAGAAGCACAUGAGCAACGUUUGCAUGAAAGUGAGCUCCAACUCUUCCUGUGUUAUAAAAGAGCUAGCAAAAACUAUCAAGACAUUGAAAAAAUCAUCCUCCAUAGAUUUCUUAGUUGAAGAAAUGAGCAGUGCAGUGCAAGAUCUCCAAAAUGAAAUAAAAUCUCUUUCAAAUCUGCUUAGCCCAGCAGAACUUUUACUUCCUGGGAGCAAGGAAACUGAGAAAACAACGUCCACAAUACAUCUCCUGGAAGUUCUUCCAGUAGUAAGUUUAGCUUCUUUGCUGAUAGAUAUUUCGUCAAGGAUCCAAGAUAUUGUCAAAACGGUUGAAGAACUAGCUAACGUAGCAGAAUUCAAGGCUGAAGCUGAUGACAAGGCCAAACAAAAUCAAGCCAAUAUUAAUAGAAUUGUACCAAGUCAACAAAAUGAUGAUCAGCAAACCAUGAAGGCUCUUGAAAGGGUCUGA